AACUGACUUCGCCCCAUUGAUAAUAGUGAUUUCAUCACAGCAAUGGCAGCGCACAGUAUUAGGAAUAGUUUAUGUUGCACAUCACCAUUCUAUAGACAAAUAAAGUUGAUUCGGACAGGUUAAUGGUUGCAAAACAGCCUAUUAACUUUUCUACGGUGUAGUUAUAUUGACAUUGCGUAUUUCAAAGAUGAAAUGAAGCCUGACAUCACGAUAGUCAAUGGGGCGAAGUCGGUCAGCUUCACUUUUGCCCCACUUGAACAUUCCACUUCAACAGGCGUUCCAAUGCAUUUCAGCAAGUAGGAGGUCAGAAACAUCCCAUCUCCCAAAACUGGGGAAUGCACCAAUAGUUGACUAACAUUUGGGCGACACUGAGAAGCGAGCAAUAUUAAAACAUCCGGUGAUUUAAUUGGACAUUGUUAAAGACAGUCGCAUGUUGACUGGCUCUCAGUACUGGAGCUUCAGCCAACCACAAAGGGGCACUACUACGUCAUUCUGAACCAAAUUACCCUGGUGCUUAUUAGGUCAGCUGAUUCGACUGCUGCUGUUCUUCCUGUGUGGACAUCUUCAACGAACAACAAGAAUGAGUGGAAGAGGUAAAACCGGCGGAAAGGCGAGAGCUAAGGCCAAGACCCGUUCAUCUAGGGCUGGACUCCAGUUCCCCGUAGGCCGCGUACACAGGCUGCUCCGUAAGGGCAACUAUGCCGAGCGUGUUGGAGCUGGUGCUCCCGUGUACUUGGCAGCUGUGCUGGAGUACCUGACCGCUGAGAUCCUGGAGUUGGCCGGCAACGCUGCCCGCGACAACAAGAAGACUCGCAUCAUCCCCCGCCAUCUGCAGCUGGCUGUCCGCAACGACGAGGAGUUGAACAAACUGCUCGGCGGAGUGACCAUCGCUCAGGGAGGCGUGCUGCCUAACAUCCAGGCUGUGCUGCUACCCAAGAAGACAGAGAAGUCCAAGUAG